AUGACUACCACCACGCACGAAGCCCUCGUUCAGCGUGUCCACUUCCACCAGCAGCAUAAAGGAGUCCUGAGUGCAAGAACUCACGCUGAGACUGCGGAGAAUCCUCCAGGCCCGUGCAGGAGCGCAUCCGAACAUAAGUUGGCAUGCUGGCCAUCGCCUUUGAGCGCGAAAGCUGUACCAAUAAAUUUGUACUUCUCAUCGAGAAGACGGAUGGACCACUGGAUUGCCUACGAUUCAAAUAAAUUUAAUCCAAGUAUUUUGGAUUUUGAUCCUCAACGAAGAACUGCGAUCUUAAUUCAUGGUUUUUUGGGAAGUGGACAAGAUUUUAUUUUUAGACAAAUGGAAGAUUAUCUUCUUCAGUGGCGCGACAUGAAUGUAAUUGUGGUUGGUUGGGAACAAGGCUGCAACAAUUUUGCUUUUUAUCAGCAAGCAGCAGUCAAUACUGAGUACGCGGCUAUAGAAAUUCGAAAUGCGCUAACACAAUUGAUGAAAUAUUGGAUGGAUCGAGGUGUUGAUCCAAAUCAGUGGGGAUACACACACAUAAUCGGUCACAGUCUUGGUGCUCAUGUUGCCGGACAAGUAGGAAAAAUGAUGCAAAGGUAUAACAAUUUCCACAUCAAUCGUAUCACAGCCCUCGAUCCGGCAGAGCCUUGUUUUGAAACUCAAGAGCCACUACGUCUGAGCAGGCGUGAUGCCCUUUUGGUCGAUGUUAUACAUAGCGACGGAGCUCGUACCAAAAAUCAAGCGUUUGGUCUUCUAAACCCUAUUGGUGACGUUGACUUUUAUUUGAACGGUGGAACAUUGCAACCUGAAUGCAAAGUAGGAAAUUUAAUGUACAGAAGAAGGAAAAGGGAGAUGAUGAACUACCCUAACGUACUUGUUCACCUACUGGACAAAGGAGUGUGCAGACACUUUCGCUCGGUUGUUCUUUUCGUGGAGUCCUUAAAACGGGCCCUCGAUGGGCGCUGCAACCUGUGGUCUCAUCCAUGGCAAUACAGCAGCAAUACUGAUCAAGCUAGAGCAAUCUUUCGAACACCGUGUAAUGAAAACAAUUGCGUCGAGGUAGGAAUAAAUGCGGAACGCUACAAAUAUCAACCGCAAUCUAGUACAUUUUACGUCAGGACGGAUCUGAGACGACCUGGAUGUGCAUUUUAG